AUGACCUCCCUUUCCACAGGUCCAGCAUCAAAAAUGACCAUUGGUGUCUACAAAAUGCUUUACGAAACAAUCUUUGCUACAAAACUCGACGAUGAAUUAUACGCAAAUAUCAAAAAUUCGAAUGGAGUUCAUGGUGAAAUUGUUUAUAUGAAUGGCGAUGUUGCAUGCGGUAUUAUUUCUGGUGAAAUCAAUGCUAAAAAGAUUAAAAUUACAUCUAUUGGUGUUUUAGAAGCAUAUCGCCGCCAUGGUGCUGCAGUUUCUUUAGUUAAUGGACUUAUUGCAUCACAAAAGAAUGUAGAGUCUAUCUCAUGCACAUUUGAAAAGUCUAAUACAGCUCUUGUUAACUUAUUUACAAAAUUAGAAUUCAAAGUUGCUGAAGAAGCUGGCGAAAACGUCACUUAUGAAAAGAAUCUUGCUUGA